ACUCAGCCGCUGCGCCUCAUUCCUAGUCUGCGACUGAAGGGGAGCGGAGCGCAGGUGGAGGUUUGCGGACAGGAUGGCUCUGCGCUCUGUGUCCCUGUGGCUUCGGGUGCUGGCGGUGGUCGCCCUUCUGGAGAGCUGCUUCGGCUCAUCCUCACACUCCAUGAAGUAUUUCUUCACCUCCAUGUCAGACCCCAGUCAGGGGCUGCCCCACUUUGUCAUUCCGGGGUACGUGGACGAUCAAGUCUUCGUUUACUACGACAGCAACACCAGGAAGAUGCAGCCUCGAGUCUCCUGGAUGGAGGAGGUGGGGAAGGAAGACCCCCAGUAUUGGGAAACUCAGACCCAGAGAGCGCGUGGCAAUGAGGAGGUGUUCAGAGCAAACCUGGAGAUUGCAAGGAUUCGCUACAAUCAGAGCGAAGGUGAGUGAUGGGUCGGGUGGCUC